AUGGAUGUAGUGAUUGAACACAUACAGCUUCAGUUUUUGAAGGAUUUCGAAGACAACAUAUGUGCUUUGCAAGUCAAGCAAAAUGUGAUGUGUUUUGCUUCGAAAGACGGGGAGGUCUUUGUCAUCGAUUUGCAGGUGCCGGCAACGGUACGCCGGUUUAGCGUGCCCUUACUGAGUAACAAUCAGGAGAGGCUUCUGAAGUUAUGGAUGGCUCCCGAUGGUACUUACCUUUUUAUCAAGACUAGCUUUGCGAAAUAUUACUGCUGCGAAGUUCAGGCAGCGCUAAAAGAAAUCCCACAAAUCAUCUCUUUAAAGAAACUCUCCAAGAGAAAUUGUGAUAUACAAAGCGUUGACUGGAUAUAUGACCAUCAUGUCAUAUGUGGUACAUCCGAAGGAAAAAUUUAUCUUGUUGAUAUUGCUCGCAGUGGAACCCCCACCAGAUUGCUACAUUGCGAGCAUGCGAUUGACGGGGUGGCCUGCUGGCAGGAAAAAUGUACAAUUGUCGCAGCGGAGUCAGAGUUGAUGCUUUGGCGAGAAUCUCAAGAUCUAGUUAAGUUGUUCGCUAAUCAGCCGCCAGAUGAAAUUGAGCAUUUCAAGCAGUCCAACGUGCAAUCGGGGACCAAGUUUGCACACCGUGAUUUCAUGUUUGCCUGGAUAGUCGAUACGGGCGUGAUUUAUGGAAAAGUUGAUAGAGACAAUGUGUUGGGCUCAGCGAAUGUUUUGCUCAAAGUUUCGUUAGGCCUCUCGAAUUUACCCAUCCGCGAUAUCUUGAUUACUGACUAUCAUUUAAUUUUAUUACGUGGUGACGAAAUUGUUGUCGUUAGUCAGCUCACAACCCAGAUCGUUUAUAAAAGCACUAUAUGGGCUCAAACUAAUGAACAUCUUCUAGGACUUUGUGUGGACUAUUCACAACAGCCCCCAACGUAUUGGUGCUACUCGGCUGGCAACAUUUAUGAAAUCAUAAUAAAGAAUGAGGAACAUAAUUUAUGGCGAGUAAUGUGUGAUCAGAAGCUCUUUGAUGAUGCUUUGAAACUCCACUCGUUGACACAGCUCCACAGGGAUGAAGUUUUAAGAGAAAAAGGGAACUAUCUGUUUUAUGAAAAACAUUAUCAGGAGGCCGCCAGCUGUUACGGCUCAAGUCGAAUCUCGUCUGUUUCUGAAAUUGCGUUAAAGUUCAUGAACGUUGCGAAGUUAGAAUCUCUUCAAAAAUUUCUGCAAGAGAAGCUCAAACUUCUAGAUCUUUCAGAUCACAGUAAAGGAUUUCUCUUGUCAAGUUGGAUCUUAUGGACUUUCUUACAAUUGCUUAAUGAAGUGGAAGAGACGAUAAAUGUUGAACGAGAUCCUAACAAGAUAAAAGAUUUGCACGAACAUAAAAGGCGGGUCGAAGAAGAUCUUGAUGAUUUUUUGAAGGCCGAAGGCAAGUUUCUGGACAAAGCUACCGCCUAUCAAAUUAUGUUUGAUCAGAACCGCAAAAGCCAUGUCUUGAAAUACGCCAAAUCAAUAAAAGACUUCGACUUCGUGCUCUUGUACUGGUUACGAGCGCAAAAUUGGAACGAAUCUUUGAAGACGCUUUUAGCUUUGCAAGAUCCACAGUCCAUUUAUCGAUGUGCAACAACGCUUUUGAUCAAUGCACCGGAUCCGACUAUCCGAACCUGGAUGCAGAUAGAAGAUUUAGACGCAUCGGAGCUCAUACAGUCUUUGUUGACAUACUUUUCAUGUUAUAUUGAGCAAAAAGGUGCCCAGCAAGCGCACAACAAUUAUGCAUUGGUAUAUCUAAAGUGGUAUAUCACCAACAAAAGAGCCCAGCCUAUUGUCUACAACACUGCAAUUUACAUGAUGUUGGUUGGAUCAGACGCAGGGAGCACACAGGGGGAGGUCAUUGACUUUCUUGAAGAACACAUCCACAGUUAUGACAUGCUUUUCGUUCUAAGAUUGAGUUUACGAUUCCAACGCUUUCGUGUCGCAGUGCACGUUUACUCCAAACUAGAGUUAUAUGAAGACGCGGUUUCUUUGGCCCUCGAAAAGAACCAAUUGGGUCUUGCAAAAGUUAUUGCGAGCAACGAGCUUUUGGAAAAUAAUUCCGAUCUUCGCCGAAAGUUGUGGCAGAAGAUAGCACAUUUUACUAUUAAGCAAACGUCAGAUAUGAAACAAGCUGUUGCUACAAUUCUGAGAGACUCCGAGGAUAUUCUGUCUUUCAAAGAUUUACUGCCUUUGUUCGAAGAUUUCACGACAAUUGCAAACAUAAAAGAAGAGCUUGUCAAGACUCUGGAACGGCAUAACGCAGCCAUGGCAGCAACUUCGGAGAGCAUUAAAAGUACUAUAAAAAUCAAGAAAGAAAUCACGGAUGACAUUCAAGCUUUAAAUGACCAGUAUCGUGUGCUGGAACCCGGAGCAUCUUGUGACAGCUGUCGCAUGGUCUUGCAAACGCGGAAGUUUUUCGUUUUCCCCUGCGGGCAUUGCUUUCAUAGAGACUGUCUCAUUAAAGAGAUCAUGCAGUCAGCAGAGCUUACUUUGAAAAGUAAACUGGAAUCGAUGCAGAAAGCGCUGGUACGCCAACCAACCUCUGCUAAGGUUGCCGAACUUGAUGAGAUGCUCUCAACAAAAUGCUGUUUGUGCAGCGUGAUAAAAAUUAAUACAAUUGACGAGCCUUUGAUUUCUAAAGCUGGCUCAUUGGAGGCAUGGAAGGUCUAA